UGUUUACGUUCGUUCGCACACAGGGCAGGCAGCAAACAGUCGGUCGCCUCACCGGUUCACUAUUACAAGAUAGAUGACGCUGGACAUGGAGUGGCUACAGAGGCUGCCCUACAUGGAGCAGCUCCUGGACUUGAUCAAAGAAUGGGAAGAAUGGUUGCCUUCCAGCCUCGCCGGCCGGGCUGUCCUUGUGGGGUUAGGCGUCGGAAUAACCACUUAUCUGAUCACCAAGAAGAGGUACAAGCUACCCCCUGGUCCCCGAGGAUGGCCGUUAUUUGGGAAUUUGCUCGAGUUCCGGAAUGAAACUAUCUACGAGAAGAUGACGGAGUGGACAGCUCAGUAUGGUCCUGUUGUGAGGUGUAAUAUGGGCCCUUUUACAUUGGUGGCCCUGAACAGUAUAGACGUUGUAAUGGAGGCACUGGUUAAACGACAGGCGGAUUUUGCAGGGCGGCCCCAGAUCUAUUCAUUACAACUUCUCAGCGACGGAGGUAGGAAUAUCGCCUUUGGAGACUACAGCCCUACUUGGAAACUACACAGAAAGCUGGCUACCAAAGCACUGAAACACUACAUGACGGGCACUCACCUUGACGAAGGGAUAGAGCGCUCCCUCACUAAAGGCAUAGAGCUGAUACAGGAGAUGAAAGGGCCAUUCAACCCUCAUCACGUUGUCUCUCUCAUUGUGUUCAACAUCAUCAACAAUAUCUGCUUCAGUGUCACAUGCGACGUUCACGACAACUACUUCAAACAGAUGUUGUACUUUUUGAAUUCCUCCCUGGACAUCGGCAACGGCUUUCUUGAGGACGUAAUCCCCCCUCUCCGUCUCUUCCAUACUCAGAAGCUGGAAACUGUAAUAAAAGACUCGGAGAAACUCUUUGGUAACGUGAAUGAAGAAAUUGACAAACAUCGACAGACCAUGUCAAAAGAUAACAUCCGUGAUUUCUGUGAUGCCCUGUUACUGGCUCAAGAAGAAGCCCGUGACGAAGAGGACCUGAAAGUGAUGUCACAGAUAAGUGACCGCCAUAUCACUCAAACACUCGCUGAUAUAUUUAUUGUCUCCUUUAUGAUGUUCGGGAAGUGGUUAUACUGUAUCUCUGCAGCCGGGUUGGACACAUCUCGCUACACGCUGCUGUGGACGCUACUGGACCUGGCCCAGCACCCUGACAUCCAGGACAAGCUUCACACGGAGGCCGACCGUGCCCUGGGUGCGCGUCAUUUCCCCAGUGUAUCAGACAGGAGUAGUCUCCCUUACACUGACGCUGUGCUUCACGAGAGUAUGAGGUUACACACAGUGGUGCCAUGCGGGCUUCCCCACAAAACUCUGUGUGACACGAAAGUCGGUGGCUAUGACAUUCCUAAAGGAACCACCGUCCUCAUCAAUCAUUACGCUUUGCACCAGGAUCCAGAACAGUGGCGGGACCCGCAAGUAUACAAUCCAGACCGGUUCCUUGACCAUGAUGGCAAGAUGGCUGCCAAACCAGAGAGCUGGCUUCCGUUCUCCGCUGGAAGGAGAGUGUGUCUCGGAGAGAGCGUGGCCAAGCCGGAACUGCAUCUUCUGCUGGCUGGAAUCAUGAGGCAUUUCAAAGUAUCCCUCCCACCUGGAGCUAAGGUGAACCUUGAGCCACGUGGAGGAUCUUUCAUAAACGUGCCACAAGAUUAUGAACUCAGUUUUGAAUCGAGACUAUAACUCAUAUUACCAUUAAGAUUGAUAUAUAAGGACAUGGCCUCGAACCUACUGUACAUAUGAUUAACAAAUAUUUUUUCGCCGAGGGUAUUAUUUUCCUUAGUAUGCGUACAUAUUCUAGGCAUUUUAUUCUGAGUGGAUAUUGCCGCACCAUUGUGUGAAGUGUAAAUCUCCCUCGCCACAAUAAAUUAAUUAACGCAGUUUUGUGUUGAGGUUAGCAAUAUUUCAGCUACAAGAACUCAUACAAGCAGAUCCUGAAUAUUUGUUGUUUAACGCCGCACUCAGCAAUAUUCCAGCUAUAUGGCGGCGGUCUGUAAACACUUUUAUAUCAUGAGCAUCGAUCCGCGCAAUUAGGAUCGAUGACAUGCUUCAACCAAGUCAGCGAGCCUGACCACCCGUUCCCGUUAGUCGCCUUUUACGAUAAGCAUAGUCACCUUUUACGGCAAGCAUGGUUUGAUAAAUACAUAAUUAAAGGACAAGGUCCAUAUUACAAAUAAAUUUAAUAUUGUUGACUCUUGUGGCUUUAUGGAAUCAUUUAUUAUAUUCUUUGAGAACGAUCAAAUAUUUGACCCAAGUUUAUUUUCUCAAGAAUAUGAAGAGUCGUCUAAGGCGCCGCGAUUCGCUGUGCAGAGCUGCGCCCCUUGGGCACGCCAGAAACCUAUGUUUGUGGAUUCGAAUCCCGGUUCGCCCCGAUUAUGUUUCUAGGUUUGUCAGCACAAUUC